ACAGCGCUUAGUUUCGAAGGGGACACAACUCCAAAGGAUACCGUGUAAACUACAUCACGGACGUGUAUGAAAUAAGUUUGUGCGUACAUAGAACACAGUUACCGAGGAUCAUUCCAACCCACUUAAAAUAAUAAGUUUCAGAUCAGGGCUGUAUCCGCUAUGUGUUGACGUAUCCUUGAAAAAAGGACAAAGAGGUGCAGUUCUGACGUGUCUGAUAGUACGUUGUCUUUAAAAUGUUAAAAGCACAUGCCAACCAAGUUUCAUCAGAUCUAGAUGAUGAGGAUAACAGCUUACUGGAACCCGCUCUUGUUGUUAAUGAAUAUGAAGACACCGAUUUCGAUUUAAAUAUUCCUCCGACAACUGGUAACGAAUAUCUGCGAAGAGUAAGACAGGAGGCUCAAAACUGUCCCAAAGUGGUAGUGGCAAAUUUGGAUACAAAAAUAUUCAACAACAGACAGACAGUCAAAAUCCAGACUAAGGACUGCAUGCCUGCACCACAUGGCUUUGGUCCAAGACCAGACUGGGUUAAGAUGCAGAUAGAAGACUUUGUACAACUGAGACAAAAAAUUGCCCAUUUCAAAGCCCUGCUGACCAAGAAAAAAGUCACACUACCAGCAGUAUGUCUUCCCCUGGCAAAUGAUGCAGAAAGCUGGUGUCGUCUGAGCUUUGGGCGACUGCAACUGAAGACAUCAGCACGCCAGGAAGAGAGUGAUGCCACUGGAGGUAUUCAUGGUGAGACGCAGCUCCAGAAUGAUGGAACUGGCACACCACCACUCCUAAGCAUUAUAGCACGCAUGGACCAGCAACAGAUUGAGCGAGUCCUUGAAUAUCACACCAACUGGUUGGAGGCUACAGGAUUUACCCGCAAGCAGGGCCAAUGGUUCUAUGCAUUACUCUCAGUACUGCAGAAACCUCUUACGCCAGAAGCAUGCUCAUGGCUACGGCAGCUUGCUCGUCUGUGCUCAAUCAUACGAGCCUCGCUGGUGUCAACAGAGGAUGAGGCAGUACAUCAGCUUAAUUUACUUAUCUGCAUAGUGGCCAGAUACUUUGACCAGGGAGACCUUGCAGACAAAACGUGACACUCCUCAUAACUACACAAACUUCAGUGGAAUUUUUACAGCCAUCAUCUUUUUCAUUUAAAUUUCAUAUCUAAUUUUAAAAUCUUUAUAUAGCAUAUUUUAAAAUUCAUACCAAGUUUUAUUGGCUUUGUGUUGUUAAAAAUUUUGUAAAGGGAGGUUUGAGGUGGCCGUAUUUCAUCUGUGUAAUGAACUGUUUAACAGUGAUGAAAUGGUAAAACUUCUUAACAAUUCUGAUAAUAAACUGUGUUUAUGGACUCAC